AUGCAUCUCCCGGCUAGCAGCGAGUGCCAAAGUCCUCCGGUCUCGAAAAACAUGACUGAUAUGUUUUCCAACCUGCACGACAUGCUGCAGGAGUACCACGGCGAACUGGUGCAAACAGGAUCACCGGCGGUCCUCUGUUCGGCUCUUCCCACGCACUGGCGCUCCAACAAGAGUUUGCCGGUUGCCUUCAAGGUGAUUGCCCUGGAUGAUAUCCAAGACGGUACUUUGGUUACAAUCAAAGCUGGCAACGACGAAAACUAUCACGGUGAAUUGAGAAACGCGACGGCGAUCAUGAAGAACCAAGUAGCCAAGUUCAAUGAUCUGCGCUUUGUGGGGCGAUCCGGGCGUGGAAAAUCGUUCUCGAUCACCAUCAUCAUCAGCUCCUAUCCCAGUCAAGUGGCCACCUACACCAAAGCAAUCAAAGUGACCGUCGAUGGACCUCGGGAACCUCGAUCGAAGCAAAAUUUUGCCUACGGUCAUCCGGGAGCAUUUAAUCCAUUCAUGCUGAACGCCGGAUGGUUAGACGCGGCCUACAUGAACUACGCGUGGUCUGAUUACUUCCGUCAACAGCAGCAGCUACAAGCCCAGCAACAGCAGCAGCAACAACCAUCGCCAGCACAGGGUCAAACCAAUCCCGUCGGAAUAGGCAUAGGAAAAGGAUCUCCAACGUUACCUGCACCAAACGGAACAACUGGACCGAUGCUGCCAACGCCGCCGGCGGAAUUUCUCCCUCUUUCCGCCGGUCAAACAGGACUUCCCAACGGUCCAGUUCUACCCAACGGAGCAACCUACCUGUCGCAGUUUCCUUUCGGUCCCCACGCUGAUAUGCACUUAAAAUCUCCGUUCCUGCCUUACGACAUCUCACCACUCCGUGCCAACGGCCUACGCACUGGCCCCCACCCGCUGACCGCAACCAUCAGCAUCCCACCAAACGACUUCAUCUCCUCGUCACGCCUCUCGCCGGCAUCCUCCCGUAAUUCUAAUUCAUCCCCUCCGUCAACCCUAAAUCAAUCACAAACCAAAAUCAACUCCCCGCUGGAGCUCAACUCCACCGGUGAACAAUCUUCGGCCGAGGAAUCCGACGACGAACACAUCGACGUCGUAAAGUCCGCCUUCGUACCGAUCCUACGACCGCUGCCGACUUCCUCGGCCGACACCAGUUCGGAUGCACUGAACGCCCCGCUGAAAUCGGAAACACCGGACUCGACGACCAGCUCGCCGAAGACCCGCUGCGAUCUGAAGGCUCCCUCGUCCAAGAAGCCCCAGCUGCACGAAAUCGCUCCGAGCGAACCGAGCUCGCCGGAAAGCACGAAACUGUCCUCGCCCAACAUCAUCCUCAAGCAAUCGGCCAAAACCGUGUGGCGACCCUAUUGA